AUGGUGCAUGCGGCUGAUAUCACGUCGGUGCAGAAGCCGGGGAGCUUCAAGCCGGCGUUUGGCGAGGAGGGUCGGCCGACCGAGAUUCUCCUACAGUACCCCAGUGCUUCGCCGAAAGAACGGUAUGAGAUGGUCAAUAACUUGUUAGAUGAGCUGGUCACUAACGGCUUUGGCUUUAGGUACAACCUUGUCGUCCCUCGAGACAAGGACGAUUUUCGACCCAUCGACGACAUUUUCCAGGUAAUCGACAUCGUUUCUCAACACUACGUGCCUGAAGAAGAAGCGGAUGUCUUCAAUAAUGAGUCGACGGGCAUUAAGCGGAAGCUUCGGCGAGCACUUGCGCAUUCCUCCGAAACGGACUUUCGCCAGGUUGUCGCGGACUACAAUGAUACAAUCGAACGGUUGCGACGGGACGGGACUAUUGCGAAGAAGCUAGACUCGACCCAUCGACUCACACUACCCCUCGUGGAGCGGAUCUUGACCCAAAUAUACUCGCGCACCGUCUCUCCCCGGGUUGAAUCUCUUCGCCAGUAUGAGAAUGGAACGGAUAACGUAUAUGGAGAGCUCCUCCCGCGUUUCAUCAGCACGAUUUUCAAGGAGACAAAAUUAAAAUCGAACAUGGUGUUCGUGGACCUGGGCUCCGGUGUCGGUAAUGUCGUUCUGCAGGCCGCUUUGGAAAUCGGCUGUGAAAGUUGGGGCUGUGAAAUGAUGCAGAACGCAUGUGAACUGGCUGAGCUCCAACAAACCGAGUUCAAGGCCCGAUGUCGGCUAUGGGGAAUCGCCCCAGGAAAGACUCACCUAGUCAGAGGUGAUUUUUUGAAAGAACAGAGCAUCAUCGAUGUCCUGAAGCGGGCCGAUGUUAUCUUGAUCAACAACCAGGCCUUUACGCCACAGCUUAAUACCGAGCUGGUCAACCAUUUCUUGGAUAUGAAAGAGGGUUGCCAAAUCGUCUCCCUAAAGUCAUUUGUCCCGGCCGGCCACAAGAUCCAGUCGCGGAAUCUCAACUCUCCGAUUAACCUUUUGAAGGUCAAGCAGCGAAACUACUGGUCCAAUAGUGUCAGUUGGACCGACGUUGGCGGCACAUAUUUCAUCGCCACGAAAGACAGCUCGAGGCUGAAAGCGUUCGCGGAGAGUCUGGGGUGA